AAUGCUCUCUCUCUAAAAAAGGUUCUCUCUCUUCUUCGUUUCUCCACACUCGCGAAAAGGAGAGAUUUUUUCUUUUUUUGGUUUUUGUUUUUCUUCCAGAGGGAGAAAAACCAAAAAACCAGAACGGUUCUGCGACGUCGUUUUGAGCCCCGGCGACCGGUUUUUGGGUCAUCCGACUCGUUGCGUGGUUGUCCUUCUUUUUGUCUUGCCGGUAGUUCUUGGUCGGUUGAUCGAAUUUCAUCUUCAUUUACGCGGGGAGUAAUCGGCGGCCGUGUAUGGGGAAGUUGGGGUUAGCUUUCGCGGCGGGGAUUGCGACGGGGACGUGCCUGGCGGCGGCCGUGGUGGUGGGGCGGAGAGUCAGGCGGCGGAGGCGGUGGUGGAGGGCGCUGAAGGUUCUAGAAGAACUUGAGGAACGAUGCGCGACCCGCGUGGAGCGGUUACGCCAGAUUGUCGACGCUGUGGCGGUUGAAAUGAACGCGGGAUUGGCGUCUGAAGGCGGUUCCAAGUUGAAGAUGCUUCUCACUCAUGUGCAAAAUCUUCCGACUGGGAACGAACAGGGAAUUUAUUAUGCACUUGAUAUUGGCGGCACCAAUUUUCGAAUUGUGAGGGUUGAAUUAGACGGCCAAAAGUCUGAUUCGAUUAAACACGACGUUGAACGGAUGCCUAUUCCACCACAUCUGAUGACCGGCACAAGUGAGGAGCUUUUUGAUUUUAUAGCAACAUCGUUUGAGAAAUUUGUUCGAACCUUAGAAGGUGCAUCUAAUGGUUCUCGAGCAGAAAGUAUGGAACUCGGCUUCACCUUUUCUUUUCCUGUGCAACAAAUUUCUACAUCAUCGGGAGAUCUGAUCAAAUGGACAAAGGGAUUCUCUAUUCCCGACAUGGUCGGCGAAGAUGUUUCUGAGUGCCUACUGGAGGCUAUGUCUCGAAAAGGCUUGAACAUGCAAGUGACUGCUCUUAUAAAUGACUCUGUCGGAACCUUGGCUCUUGGUCACUAUUACGACGAAGACACAGUAGCUGCUGUGACUUUUGGAACUGGUACUAAUGCCUGUUAUUUGGAGCGUGGCGAAGCCAUAAUUAAAUGCCAAGGCCUUUUUUCGACUCCGGGAGCUAUGAUUGUCAACAUUGAAUGGGGAAACUUUUGGUCCUCUCAUUUGCCAAGAACAUCUUACGAUCUCGACUUGGAUGCCGAUACCCCUAAUCCGAACGAACAGGGCUUUGAGAAAAUGAUAUCGGGAAUGUAUCUCGGCGAUAUCGUGCGAAGAGUAAUCCUUCGGAUGAUGCAGGAAUCGGAGAUUUUCGGGCCUAUCUCUCCCAAACUACAAGAUCCAUUCAUCUUGAGCACGCCGAUGAUUGCUGCGAUGCACGAGGACAACACCCCGGACUUAAGCGAGGUCGCCAAAGUAUUAAAAGAUUCUCUCGAGAUGGCGGACAUUCCCAUCUUCGCUAGGAAGGUCAUCGUGAGGGUAUGCGACGUAGUGACGCGCAGGGCAGCAAGAUUGGCGGCAGCCGGCAUUGUUGGGAUCUUGAGAAAGAUCGGCCGGGACGGCUAUGGCGGAUUCCCAAGCCGUAAAAAAAAAGGCACAGUCCAUAUCAAGAUGCAGAGGACUGUCGUGGCUGUCGAGGGAGGCUUGUACGCAAACUAUGCGAUUUUCCGAGAGUAUCUGAACGAAGCAGUCGAGCAGAUCCUAGGCGAGGAAGUGGCUUCCCAUGUUGUCCUGAAAUUGAUCGAGGACGGAUCGAGCGUCGGCGCUGCCCUCGUCGCGGCAACUCACCGGGGAUCCUCCGUAAACUAAAGAAAUAGGCGGAGGAAGAAGUGUGUAUGAACAUGGGCAGCCAAGUGGAGGGAUGACACGGUGAAAUGACAAGAAGAGGGAGGAGAGCAGUCGUCGGCGAUGGGGAUGGGAUAGGUUCGGAAAAGAAAAGAAGACCACAUCGUGGAGAAAGAUGACAAUGUUGAAAAAAGAGAUGCCGUCAAUCAAGCUUUGUCUGUACGAGGGCUCACUCGAUUUUUAAUCGAAAUUAUACGGUCGAAAAAUAUAUCACUAGUGAUGACAUCUUUCGAAAGGAGAAAAAAAAG